AGGAUGGACAGUGACAUGAAGCAGAGCAGUGAGACACCAAGCAACAUCCCUACAUCAAAGAGCAACCAACAAAUAACCCAGCCUUCAGAAGAGACCCGAAAGGCCCUAAAACAACCAACAUUCAAUGUGUGGGGGAUGGAGAGGAAACAGAUGCUGUGUCUCUUGGAGCAAAUGUUUUAUGAAUUGGAUUUGGUGACAGAGUUUAAGAUGGAGCCUGAAACUGUGAGAUGCUUCUUGACUUCUGUUCAGAAACAUUACCAGGAAAACCCCUUCCACAAUUUCUACCAUGGAUUCUCUGUCACCCAGAUGAUGUAUUGUGUGAUAUCCCAGUGCCAGCUGCAGGAACACCUGUCACAUAUAGAUAUUCUCACUCUGAUGGUGGCUGCCCUCUGCCAUGACCUGGACCACCCUGGUCUCAGCAAUUCAUACCAGGUCAACGCUCAGACGGAUCUGGCCAGGCAGUACCACAACAAGUCUCCGCUAGAGAACCAUCACUGGGCAGUUGCGUGGCGCAUCCUAAGCCAAAAGCAGUCCAAUCUGUUACUUGGAGCAGACCCCAAGCAAGUCCCCCACAUACAGCAGGAGAUCAUGGAACUGAUUUUGGCCACAGACAUGGCACAUCAUGGGGAAAUCCUACAGACUCUUCAAAAUAUAGAGAAUUUCAACUUCUCUAACAGAGAGCACGUAACUGCGCUGAAGAAAGGUCUCAUUAAGAUCUGUGACAUUUCCAAUGAAGCUCGGCCAGCAGAACAGGCAGAAAUCUGGGCAGAUGCCCUCAUGGAAGAGUAUUUUCUGCAGAGUGAUCGGGAAAAGGAUGAGGGUCUCCCAGUGACCCCCUAUAUGGACCGGGACAAAGUAAAGAAAGCCGAUGCCCAGAGUUCCUUCAUCAGCUUCCUACUUAUCCCCCUGUGUGAGGCGCUUUGCAAGCACUUCCCUCUGCUGAACAACUUACUGCUGCAACCCCUGAGAGCUGCCAGACUGCGCUACCAACAGCAGAUGGACAAUGGGAUGCUUGAGAGGCAGGACAUGUGACACCGCGGGGCAAGUAGCCGUGAUACACGUUACUGACAUAACACCUGUGUGGGCGCAUGAUUCAUAGAUACCCUACGAGGGCAGGUAUUGCCCAUAGAGUCCCUGUGAGGGCAGGAAUCAAUGACUAUAGGGGAAGAUAUUGCUUCUAUAGUCGCCAUGAGGCAAGUACUGUGAGAAGAGCCUGAGCUGUGGUUUCAUCUCAAACAGACGCAUAAAGAUAAUAGGGUCCAAACUACCAAUCAAUAAAUGAUCUGUGUCCCUCCCACGUGGAGCCACUAU